UUGUCUUCAAGUUUGCAAAGAACCUAUAAAAGUUUGUCUUUAGUCCUCUCUAUAUGUACAACUUUUGCGGUUUUUUUUUGGUUUAAAGUUCAAGUCUGUCGGGUUUAGCUUGGGAAUCUUCCCAAAUUCCGCUAAUCCUCUCCAAGUCCCGUUCUUCUACAAACUCAUUUUCCUUCCAGUGCAAUUCAGAUUUCUAAAGAAAAUGGCACUAACAAGCGUAAGUGUCUAUGAGCUGAGUCGUCUAGGCCCCCCACAGCAACCUGUACGACGAAGGUCAAACUCCACAAAGGUUCGGAGGAAGGAUGCAGAGCUCGGGUCCGUGGAUCGGAAGAGAAACCCCAAGCGAAAUCAAAUCCAGCCCCAGCAUAACGAGUCGAUCACAAUCACCUACAUGGGUCGUCCAAGAAGCCCCAGCGUGGAUCUACCAACUUCACCACCAAUCCCUUCGGUGAUCCGACAGCGGCGGUCAUCUUCAACCGUCGCGAAGAAACUUCCACAGUCUGCAUCAAAUCCGAGCUUCCUGAGGAAGCAGGGGAGCUCCUCGUCGCUGUCGAAUGGGUUAUGGACAGAUUGUAUAGAGGUUGUGAAUGAGAUCGGGGUGAUGGCGAAGAUGGAGAGUAGGAAGAUACGUCGCCUACGAAUGGCUGUAUAUCGUCGAGUCCGAAUUUCCGACGACGAGGAGAUGGUUCUCACCGCCUCCCGGGCGUUGAGCAAGUGUCAUGGCUGGACACUAGACACUUGUCAUGACUACCUACCCGUUAUUAUAGAUAAUAUUAUCAGCAUGGACACUUCGAACCGGAUUAUCGCGGCAGAGGGUCUGGCGGCGAUCGCAGACUCGCUAGGGGAGAGGCUCGUGAAGUUCGCUGGUAUGAACUCCCACAGGAUUGGGGUGGAUAUAGCGGCUGAGGAGAGGUCCGAGAAGGCGAAGGCUUGUAUUCAGCUUCUCCGCUCAGUGGUGAGGAAACGCGACUGGUACUAUCGACAUCUGGAUGUUGAGUCAAUAGACAGGUUGGAUGCGACGAUGGAACGAUUGAAGAGCAUUUGAAAUGUGUUUAUUUUGAGGAGUAAUAAAGUGUUCUUUU